AUGUCUACCUCAGUCACGGCUCUCUCCGCGCCGGGCAAGGUCCUCCUGACUGGAGGCUAUCUUGUCCUCGACCGUAACUAUACCGGUACCGUCUUCGCCCUCGAUGCGCGUAUCCACGUUGUUGUUCAACAAUUAAGGAGAGGUCACCGCCGUGGAACCUCGGGGUCAACAACCGACCCCAAACCCACUGGCCUCGUUCCCGAUGUCCAGUCAAGUACCACUGGAGUCGUCGAGGACCAGGAUGCAGAGGAUACAGUUGUUGUGCGCUCUCCACAAUUCGUCGAUGCCCUCUGGGAAUAUGGUGUGCAACGAUGCGACAAUGGCGGCGGGGUCAAAGUCGUCCAGAAAGGCACAGGCCCCCGGAAUCCCUUCGUCGAGACCUCUUUGAGCUACGCCUUGACCUACAUCAGCUACGUUGCUGACUCUAAGGACUUUGGUUCACUGUCGGUCACCAUCUUGGCUGAUAACGACUACUACUCGGAAACAGCGACCUCCAAGGGCCCAGCGGCCAAGGGCCAAAGUGCGCGCUUUUCCAACUUCGGCGUUCCUCUCCAGGAUGCCCACAAGACAGGUCUCGGCUCAUCCGCCGCAUUGGUCACUGCCCUUGUAUCGUCUCUGGUGAUCCACCGGACCAUGCAAGCCAGCGACCUGGGAGCUGGCCGUGACAAGCUUCACAAUUUGGCUCAGGCUGCCCACUGUGCAGCGCAGGGUAAGGUCGGCUCCGGAUUUGACGUGGCUUCCGCUGUCUACGGAUCAUGUCUGUACAAGCGAUUCUCCCCCGCUAUUCUGGAGUCUGUUGGAGAAGUAGGAUCUGCUGGAUUUGAAGAGAGACUGUUUGCCGUGGUCGAGGAUGCGGAUCCCGCGCAUCCCUGGGACACAGAGUGCGUGGAUUUCGGCAUGCAACUCCCGCGUGGCAUGCAAAUGGUUCUGUGCGACGUGGAGUGCGGCUCCCAAACCCCAUCGAUGGUUAAAAAGGUCCUGGAGUGGCGCAAGAACAACCGCAAUGAAGCCGACGUGCUCUGGGCCAGUCUUCAAAACAACAAUGAGCGAUUGCGGCAAGAACUCAAGCGUCUGGCACAGCACCCGGAUGCCAUUACCGAUAGUGACUUCGCCGAAAUCCACAACUUCCUUGAACGCUCGCGCCAUCACAUUCGCACCAUGACCCGCCGAACAGAUGUCCCGAUCGAGCCCAGUGUGCAGACCGAAUUGCUGGACCGAGUGACCGCCAUUGAUGGUGUCAUUGGUGGUGUGGUUCCUGGUGCGGGAGGAUACGAUGCAAUUGCGCUCCUGAUUCGCGAUGACCCUACGGUGAUCUCGCGACUGAAGGAGCUGUUUGAAAACUACCAAAGUGCUGUGGAAGAUGACUUUGGAGGAAAGAUCGGUAAUGUCAGGCUUUUGGGCGUGCGACACGGGUCGGAGGGAGUGAAGAACGAGGUCCUCGAGCAGUACGCCGGUUGGGUCUAA